AGGGGGUGUCCCGAAAUGACUCAUAUAAAGUAAAUAUGGAUUCACAGUAGUUUUUUGUAAUCCCACAAAUUGAGUACGGCUGCGUAAAUGCGUUUAUUUUACAAUUUCAGCUUUGACCGAUAGUUCCGGGCGGAUUUAGACGUGGGUAGUCGUGUUGGGGUUUUGUUGUCACAUCACUAAUGUGUUAAUUUUACAGUAGAAAAAGAUGAUUUCGUUCGAGGAAGCUAAAGCAAGGUUACAUGCUGCAGGACAGAGCCAUGUGUUACAGUUUUGGGCUGAACUUUCUGCAGAAGAGAGGAGCGAGCUGUUGGAUGAGAUAUCUCAGCUAGAGCCGAAGGAGUUACUGGAGCACUGCCGGGGCGCUGUAGCGGCUGCGAGCCGACAACAGAGCGCUGAUGCUGGGCUUGACGCGCGGAUGGAGCCCGUUGCGCCGGAGUUCAUUGGAAGUGUGCGUGAAAGUGACAAAGAAACAAUUCAGCUGUGGGAUGAUGAAGGGUUAUUGCAGAUUUCUCAGAACAGAGUGGCUGUUUUGCUGUUAGCUGGUGGUCAGGGGACUAGACUCGGUGUGUCAUACCCGAAAGGAAUGUACAAUGUUGGGCUUCCUAGUGGAAAAACACUGUACCAGAUCCAGGCUGAGCGUAUCCAGAAGGUGCAAGAGCUGGCCAAUCUGAAGCAUGGCUGUAGGUGCACAGUACCAUGGUACAUAAUGACCAGUGAGUUCACCCUGGCGCCCACAGAGAAGUUCUUCAAGGAUAAUGGCUACUUUGGUCUUUGCCCAUCCAAUGUGGUCAUGUUUGAGCAGAGGAUGAUACCAGCCGUAGGCUUUGAUGGAAAAGUCAUUCUGGAGAAGAAGAACAAAAUAGCGAUGGCACCAGAUGGAAAUGGUGGCCUUUAUCGGGCCUUAGUUGACAACAAGAUACUAGAGGACAUGGAGAGAAGAGGGGUGGAGUAUCUUCAUGUGUACUGUGUGGACAACAUCUUGGUGAAGCUGGCAGAUCCAGUCUUUAUUGGCUUUUGUGUAAAUAAAGGAGCAGACUGUGGUGGCAAGGUGGUGAAAAAGGCUUAUCCCGCCGAGCCUGUUGGAGUAGUGUGUCGUGUAGAUGGCCUAUAUCAGGUAGUAGAGUACAGCGAGAUUCAACCAGAGACUGCAGAGUUGCGAGAUCCUAAAGGAGAGCUCCUGUUCGGUGCUGGAAACAUCUGCAACCAUUUCUUCACCAGAGGCUUCUUGCAGGAAGUAGCUAAAAACCUUGAAGGGCAGCUGACCCAGCACUUGGCUAUAAAGAAAGUGCCAUUUGUGGAUGGAGAGGGAAACCUGAUAAAACCGGUCAAGCCCAACGGCAUCAAAAUGGAGAAAUUUGUCUUCGACGUCUUUCAGUUCUCAAAGAAGUUUGUUGCCCUUGAGGUACCGAGAGAGGAGGAAUUUUCACCCCUGAAAAAUGCUGAUGGGGCUCCUCUGGACACACCAACUACAGCUCGCCGAUCCUUGUUAGCACAACAUUACCGCUGGGUAUUGGCAGCUGGUGGAAACGUUUUGGAUGAGCAAGAUAAACCCAUCGCCCCAAAACAUAGUAUGGCACAGAAUGAAGACCCUUCGGCAAUCUGUGAAAUCUCUCCUCUGGUAUCAUACUUUGGUGAGGGCCUGGAAAAGCUGCUAAAAAAGAAGAACUUGAAGUCUCCCUUUUAUCUUGAUGUGAAUGAAGCAAAUAAUAUUUUGCAGACUACAUAGUAUUUUAAUAUGAAAGAAAGUUUAACUUUAAAAGUAUAGUUCACCCGAACAUAAAAAAUUCUGCCAUGAUUAACUUUCAUGCUGUUACAAACCUGUAUACAUUUCUUGGUUCUGAUGAACACAAAGAAAGAUAUUUUGAGCAAUGUUUGUAUCGAUCAGAGGCCCCAUUGACUUCCAUUUAUUCACAUAUUUAACAACAUAAGAGUGACAGAAUUUUCAUUUUUGAGUGAACUAUCCCUUUAAGUGUUGUGCUCAGGUAUGCAAAGGGAUGUUUACAAAUCAGUUAUUACAUAGAAAAACAUGUAGGCAAACUAUAUUGAUUCACCAACAAUGCAAUUCCUCAUCAGAGAAUAUUUAAAUGAACAAAUAAAAAAUGACAUAAAUUGUGUUUGUACCAGUAUGAAAAACAGAACGUGCGCACAUUUGAAUUAAAAAAGCUAUUGAUUCUAUAAUGCUUUACAAUAGAAAUAAAAUCAAAUUCCUUUAUAA